CUCCAGUCCUGCAGGUGUCGCUCUCCGUGUUCGCUGCGCUCAGUGCCGGUGCGGCUGCUAGGAGGGGAGCAUGGCGCUAAACGCAGAUGAGGAAGACUUUGAAUGGGAGCCUCCCACGGAGGCGGAGAUGAAGGUGAUCCAGGCCCGCAGGGAGCGCCAGGACAAAAUCAGCAAGCUGAUGGGAGAUUACCUGCUGAAAGGUUAUAAAAUGCUGGGGGAGUGCUGCGAGCUGUGCGGGACAAUUCUGCUUCAGGACAAACAGAAGAAGAAUUACUGUGUUGCGUGUCAAGAGCUGGACUCGGACGUUGACAAAGACAACCCAGCUCUAAAUGCGCAGGCGGCUCUGUCGCAGGUGCGCGAGCGUCAGCUGGCCAUUCAGCCCCACCCCCAGGCUAACGGAGCUCCACCCACCGAACCACCGCUCUCCAUCACAGGCCUUCCCCGGCCGGAGCACUGCGAGGGUGCGGCCUCAGGACUCCGAGCUCCGCCCCCUUCACAGCCCCCUACACUCCCCACCCCCUCCAGCAGCCCUGCCUUCCUAUUGCCCGCCAGCCCCGCCCUACAGGCCGCCUCGCCCCCUGCCGGCCCGCCUCCCACCCACCCAGCCCUCACACACGCUGAGGAGGCCGUGCUGCACAAACUGCGCUGGGCCACGCAGGAGCUGCAGCAGGCCGUCUCCGUGGAAACCAGCAUCCAGCUGUGCAGCCUCAUCCGCACCUGCGCAGACUCUCUCCGCAGCCUCAAAGAACUGCGACUGUCCUGAAAGACAACCAAAAAUAGCGGCCAGCUGUGUCCACACGCACAGCGUUCAGUCGUCUGUAUGACAGCGGUCACCUGUCCGAAUCCUGGAGAUCCACCUUCUACAAAGCUCAGCCCUCAUCAGCCUCACCUGGAGCGCCUGGAGCCCCUGGAGCCCCAUCUGUACAGCACAGUUGAUUAUAAAGGACAAUAAUCACAGAAAGUAGUUAUACUGUAGAUGUGGAAGAUGGAGAUAAAUAGUAACAUUAAAUAUGAUAAAGCAGAAGAUUCUGGUUACAUAGGAUAAAAAAUGCUGUAAUAUUUCUUUAAGCCAAAAAAUGAAGCAUCCAAUAACAGAAGAGCUGAGUGACGUUACUGUUGGAUGGUCCUCUGUGGCUUUUUGGCUUAAAGGAAAAGUUCACACACUCGAGCUAAUGUUGCUAACAGUGAAUGAACAUGAAGAGCUACCGGAUGGAUUCGGUUUACAUUCAUUGUUAGCCACGUUAGCAUGUUUGGUUGAGCUGUUUCUUUGUUACUUUGACCUUCCUACAAACUCUGCUCAUCCACAUCUGUUUUAGAUCCUGAGAUGUUUGAGGGUUUGGGGAAUGUAGCGUUGGAGCGUAAAGGUGAACCUUCAUGAAGAGGUUUGGUGACCACUGCUGUACGACCCCCUGCAGAGUCGGUUUGGAUGCUGAAUGUGACCCGUCAUGUUGUGCGUUUACUGGAACUUGUUGCUUGUUUGUGUUUGUUCAGGCCUGUUUAAGAGUGUAAGAGUCAUCAGGAAUUAAAGUACUGGAUGAAAACGUU